UGUGGGUUCUCCUGGGCGCGGCCAUGAUGCGGGAGGGAGCGAGGGGCGGCGUGGGGAGCGAAGGGACGGGACGGGAGGAGAUGGGGACGGGAACGGGAGAUGAAGCUGAGCUGUCGUUGGAAGAACGGCUGCAGAUGCAGAGUGAGAGCGGAACGCGAGCGAGCCGGCAGCCGAGCAAUGGGGAGAAAGCAGCAAAGCCUGGCAAAGCCCCCGUCAAACAGCGGCUGAACAAAAAGGGACCUGUGGAGAUGUCUGCCAAGAAACCCAUGCCUUUUCUGAGACAGGUUGUCCCUGUUACAAAGAAGGUCCACAGAGACCCUCGAUUUGAUGACCUGUCUGGAGAGUAUAAUCCUGAAAUAUUUAUGAAGACGUACAGCUUCCUGGAUACCAUCAAGAAGCAGGAGAAGGAGAUGGUUCAGAGGCAGCUGAAAAAAUGCCGGGAUGUAGAGCAGAAGGAGAAACUGCAGCAGCUCCUGAACCGCAUGACACAGCAAGAACAGGCACAGAAAAAACAGCAAAAACGGAGGGAACGGGAGCUGACUUUGAAGAGACAACAACGGGAGCUGGCCAAGCAGGGAAAGAAACCCUUCUUCUUAAAGAAGUCUGAGAAGCGUAAAUUGGAGCUAGCAGAGAAGUAUGUGGAGCUAAAGAGGAGUGGAAAGCUGGAGAGCUUCCUGAACAAGAAAAGGAAGAGGAAUGCUGUCAAAGAUAAGCGCCGUUUGCCAUCACAGAAGAACUUGUGACUGCUGCACAGACAUGCCGUUACCUGCAAAGGUGGUGUUGGCGCUGGGAUUCACACUAGCCAGGCCUGGAAGAUGGCAGCCUCUCUUCUCACUUUCUGCCUUCCAUUGUACAGUGAUGCUGUUAGGCAGCAAAGUCUGAACAGGAAAGAAAUGUGCUUUCAGUAGCUGAAGAGACCCCUGCACUUGUGUUUUACAUCAUGUCUGGGUGGUGACAAGUCUGUCAUGCAGGUGCAUGAGGUGCUGAUUGAUUUGUUCUUGCACCUGCUCUUCCUGCAGCUAGGAGAGCCCAGGCUGUGCCCUGCACUGCUGGCUCAUCUCCAUGUCUCACUGGGUCCCAAUGAAAAGGGUAUCGGGUGGGAGAGCAGCGAUCCAGUCUGUUCAGAGCAAGGCCAGCACUGCAUUCAAACUGGGAUGCUCAUAGCUUGCUUCAUAUGGGCCUGCAAAUGUACAGGGACAGAUAGCACUACUGUUCUGGACCCUUGUUCCACUGCUUCAAGUUCUAAAGGUGAAACUCCUUUUUCCUCCAGGAAUCUUGCCUGGUUUCAGAUUGUAAUUGCUGUCUUGUUCUCAAUGAAGUGCCUCUGUCUUGUUAAAAACCUUGCAGAAGGUCUGGAGGUGAGCAGGAAGAGGUGCUCCUAGGUCUCUUUGAAGCCUUCACUUCCCAGGACUGAGUAAAAGCUCUCACCUCCCAGCACAGUUCUCCAGCCCCUGGCAGCUUUUGCACCCUUGACUGGAAUGAGCCCAGAGAACCAACGUCAGCGCCCAGCUGGGGCGAGUGUCCAAAUGUAGUUUGCCCAGGGCUGAGAAAAUGAGAGAGAUUAGCAUCCCCCUCUGGGGCUGCACCUGCCCAUGGUGUGGCAGGCCUCCCUCACAGCCAGGGAGUGCAGCUGACUGUGCUCAGGUUCCCUCCAGCAGGGCUGCCCCCAUCUCAGCCUGUUCUUUAAAGGGCUGCUGGUGUUUCUAGGUGACGCUGAUAAAAUAAACACCUGCUUUGCUUUA